AUGGGGGUCGACAGAGUGAUGGAGUUGGUGGAGGAGCUGAGGGGGAGGGCCAAGAGGGAGCUGGAGGAGUUUAGGGACAUGUAUGGGGAGAGGGUGCUUGCAGGAUUUGAACCUGGAUUGCUCAAGAUUUUGACUUGCCAGAGUCUGUCGGAUUCGCAAGCUGGGUUCUUUAUGCUGAUCAAGGUUUAUUUCCCGACGAUUUAUGAUAUAAAGCAUUUGAUGAUGUUCUGCAACAGUUUGCAUGGAGGACUUAAUAAGCUUGCCGAGUUGCUUGAUGUGGAGAGGGUGGGGAUUUGCCACCAAGCCGGGAGUGAUAGCUUGCUGACUUCUUGCACAAUUAGGAAGCUGAAGGAGAGUUUCUUUAAUGGAAACACUGAGAAAUAUGCCAGUGUUUUGUAUAGCCUUGGUGUUGAAAAUGGACAGAACACCCAUUAG